AUGGCCGUGUUCGCGAUGGAGAGCGUCAUGCUGCCGGCGAGCAUGGUGCUGGUGCAACUCUUCUCCAUAUUGCUAGUGCUUCUCUCCAAGCUCGCCCUCAACACCGGCAUGCGGCCCUUCGUCCUCCUCGCCUACCGGAACCUCAUCGGCGCCGCCGCCGUCGCGCCCCUCGCCUUGGUCUUCGAGAGGAGAAAGGCCAAAAUCCCAAACCUCAUAGAGUGGGUCUGGAUUUCCAUGAAUGCCACGUCCGGGUUAGCACAAUCUGCCAACUUACUCACUACGCUAAUUUUUUUACACAGGGUUAUCCUGGCGAUGGGGCUGUACUACUAUGGACUGCGCGGCACCAACGCCACCUACUCCGUCGUCUUCCUCAACCUCAUCCCCAUCGUCACCUCCGUGGUCGCCAUUCUACUCCGGGCAGAGAAGCUGGUAUUCAGCAAGUGGCAUGGAAAGAUGAAGCUCUUGGGCAUCGUGGCCUGCGUCGGGGGAACAAUGGUGGUCAGCCUCUACAAGGGCAAGAUGCUGCACCAUCCUUGGCCGACCCACCUGCUGAGGCCCCGUACUCACACGGCCGCAGCUCCGGCAGCUCACCACGACAUGGUCGUCAGCACGUUGUUCCUCUGCGGUAGCUGCCUCGGAUACGCCUUCUGGUUCAUCAUACAGGUUAAGCUUGCCAAGGUAUUCCCAUCUAGGUACUGGGUGGCGACGCUAACGUGUCUGUCGGGAAACCUGCAAGCAUUCGUCAUCGGCAUCCUGAUCGACCCUCACAUGUCCGCAUGGAGGCUCAAGUGGGACCUGCAGCUUCUAACCGUUGUCUACUCGGGGGUGUUCAACACCGGUGUUGCAUUGGUCCUCAUGUCAUGGGCGGUGAAGCGCCGUGGGCCCAUCUACCCCUCCAUGUUUAAUUCCCUCGCGAUGGUAGCGACAGUGAUCAUGGACUCUUCACUGCUUGGCACCAGCAUCUUCUUAGGCAGUUCCCAUGAUAUCAUCAACAGCAUGAUAGGGACAGUGCUGGUCAUUGUGGGGCUAUACGCAUUUCUGUGGGGGAAAGGGAAGGAGCUGCGGGAAGCUAUGUCGCUAACGAAGAACGCCGGUGAGAAUGAACACCCUGGAGACGGUGAUGAGCAUGGUGAGCCAGUGUUGGAGGUGCGUCGUCGCGGCGAUGAAAUAGCAUAGGGUGUGUUCAUACUGACCAAAGAUGGUGUAAAUGUGCGGUCACUUACAUUAGAACUAUCGAUA